AUGCGCCUUAAGCUAACUAAAUUUGACGGGUCUGUAGAUGCUCUUGACUUCCUGGAGGAAGUGGAACGUAACGCUCGACGUCUACAAGCUAACGGGAGACAGACCAUUAUUCUAGUGGAAAUGUCAAUAGAGCACCAAUAUAGUCAUACGUUGGGCGUUACUCAAGACCGACACAACGUCAGCGAGAACGCAAAAGGGCUCGACAUGGAUCUCGAGCUAGUGCGUCCGGCACAGGGUUUGGGUCAUUUUGCUAGGGAUUGUCCACGACAGAUGCCUCAAGGCUCAAUGACUAAUGUAGUGCAACCUUCCUAUCAUCAGCAGAGAACUGCACAUCAGGCAGCGUCAAGGUACGAUCAGACGGGAAGCACAUUUAAUGGCCAGAUAGGCUGUGGUUAUGGGAAUCGAGGAGGAAGGGAUGGUGGAGGUCGUGGUACUGGUAAGACUUCACAGGCUGGUGGAAGUCAGGCCAGGAUUUUUGCAUUAAAUCCUCAGGAGGCUCAGGCUUCCAAUGCAUUUGUGCAAGGACUAGAUUUGCUUGUGGACUUGAGCUUACUUGAGGUAUUAGUUUUUGACGUCAUACUAGGAAUGGAUUGGCUAGCUCAGCACUAUGCCAAUGUAGAUUUUCCGAAGAAGACGGGUGAUAAGACAAAAUCUUCUAUGAAUAUCGUUUCAGCUAUCAAAGCUUAUCGUAAGUUAAGGAAAGGAUGCCAAGGAUUCCUAGCCAUAGUACAAGAUGUGAAGAAGAAACACGUAGAAUUAAGCGAUGUAUCGGUGGUAUCGGAAUAUCCAGAUUUGUUUCCAGAGGAAUUACCUGGACUACCCCGAGAUCGCGAGAUAGAAUUAUGUAUCAUAUCGAGUGUAUCCCCGUGGGGUGCUCCAGUGUUGUUCAUGAAAAACGAAAGAUGGAUCGCUCCGACUCUGUCAGGCUACCAUAAGCUAAAAAUUCGCGAUGACGACAUUUGGAAAACUGCUUUUCGGACUCGAUACAGACAUUACGAGUUCCUCGUUAUGUCAUUCAGACUGACUAAUGCACCAACAGCUUUCAUGGAUUUGAUGAAUGGAGUGUUCAAGCCAUUCUUGGAUCAGUUUGUGAUCGUAUUCAUGGAUAAUAUUAUGAUCUAUUCAUGUACGGAAGAAGAGCAUGCACAUCAUUUGCGAUUAGUACUUCAAACACUGAGAGAGCAUCAGCUUUAUGCCAAAUUCUCUAAGUGUGAAAUUUGGCUGACGAAAGUAGCUUUCUUGGGUCAUGUGGUAUCUCAAAGUGGUAUUAAAGUUGACCCAAAGAAGAUCGAAGCCGUGAUGAAAUGGAAAUAUCCUAAUUCAGUUACCGAAGUUCAAAGUUCCCUCAGUUUAGCGGGAUACUAUAGAAGAUUUGUACAGGACUUUUCAAAGAUCGUUGUACCUUUGAAAAAGUUAACUCGGAAGAACGCUAGAUUCAACUGGACAGACCAGUGUGAAGUCAAUUUUCUUAAAUUGAAGGAAUGCUUGACCACAGCACCAGUUCUAGCAGUACAACAGGGAACGAAAGGGUUCACAGUUUACUGUGAUGGAUCAUGA